CACAGUAGUGUGAAUUGUGAUGGUCAAUGUGCAUUCGUCCUGUUCCUUUUCUUUCUUCCUCCGGGCACCAUCCAUCCAUUCUUGCUCCCAACAAGCCCAAAACUGAAGCGAAGAAAAGGAGAAAAAAAAUUGGGAGGGAGUGAGAGAGAGAGAGAGAGAGAAUAAAAAGGCUUUUUUGUUCGCUCAGUCCCAGUCCAGCUCGCUGCUCAGAUCUAAUCAUUAUUUAAUCCUUUUUCCGCAGUGUCACAUGAGCACUUCCCCCUCCUGCUCCUCCUCCUCGCCGAUCCCCCAAUCCCUAACCCUAGCCUCCACCUCCUCCUCCUCCUCAUCCUCCGGGAUGCGCGAUGCGGGGGAGGGGUCGGACUCGCCGCCGUCGGAGAUGUCGGAGGAUGGGUCAGGAGGGAGCGGGGACGGGGACGGGGACGGGGACGGGGGAGGGGGAGGCGGGGACAGGUGGAUGCCGGAUCUGAGGGGAGGGAACGGCGGCGGCGGCGGAGGAGGCGGAGGGGGAGGGAGGUGGGCGCCGCCGGACCAGGUGCUGGAGAACGUGCUGGAGAGCGUGCUGGAGUUCCUGACGGCGGCGCGGGACCGGAACGCGGCGUCGCUGGUGUGCCGGUCGUGGUACCGCGCCGAGGCGCAGACGCGGCGGGAGCUGUUCAUCGGCAACUGCUACGCGGUGUCGCCGCGCCGCGCCGUGGAGCGGUUCGGAGGGGUGCGCGCCGUGGUGCUCAAGGGGAAGCCGCGGUUCGCGGACUUCAGCCUCGUGCCCUACGGCUGGGGCGCCUACGUCUCCCCCUGGGUCGCCGCGCUCGGCCCCGCCUACCCGCACCUCGAGCGCAUCUGCCUCAAGCGCAUGACCGUCUCCAACGACGACCUCGCGCUCAUCGCCAAGUCAUUCCCGCUGUUCAAGGAGCUGUCGCUGGUGUGCUGCGAUGGGUUCAGCACGCUAGGCCUCGCCGCCAUCGCCGAGCGGUGCCGGCAUCUCCGUGUGCUGGAUCUGAUUGAAGACUAUAUUGACGAGGAGGAGGAUGAGCUAGUGGAUUGGAUCUCCAAGUUCCCGGAGUCCAACACGUCGCUGGAGUCACUUGUGUUUGAUUGUGUUAGUGUCCCAUUCAACUUUGAGGCCCUGGAGGCGCUUGUUGCACGCUCACCAGCUAUGCGCCGGUUGCGAAUGAAUCACCAUGUGACAGUAGAGCAAUUGCGCCGUCUAAUGGCAAGGGCUCCCCAGCUCACACACCUUGGUACUGGUGCAUUCCGUUCUGAGCCAGGCCCUGGUGGUGCUCUGUCUGUUACUGAGCUUGCUACAUCUUUUGCGGCAUCUAGGUCUCUGAUUUGUUUGUCAGGUUUCCGGGAUGUCAAUCCAGAAUACCUCCCAGCAAUCCACCCAGUCUGCGCUAAUCUCACUUCCCUUAAUUUUAGCUUUGCAAACCUAACUGCUGAGGAGCUCACACCGAUUAUUCGCAACUGCGUCCGUCUUCGCACUUUCUGGGUUCUAGAUACAGUGGGUGAUGAAGGCCUUCGGGCUGUGGCUGAGACAUGCUCAGAUCUUCGUGAGCUGCGAGUUUUUCCUUUCGAUGCCACUGAGGAUUCUGAGGGAUCGGUUUCAGAUGUUGGUCUUCAGGCAAUCUCGGAAGGGUGCCGGAAGCUUGAAUCAAUUCUCUACUUUUGCCAGCGCAUGACAAAUGCAGCAGUAAUUGCUAUGUCCAAGAACUGUUCUGACCUGGUAACAUUCCGUCUUUGUAUUAUGGGGCGACACCGCCCUGAUCGGAUCACUGGGGAGCCCAUGGAUGAUGGUUUUGGGGCAAUUGUGAUGAACUGCAAGAAGCUCACUAGACUUUCAGUCUCUGGUCUGCUCACUGAUAAGGCGUUUGCAUACAUUGGAAAAUAUGGGAAACUAAUAAAGACACUGUCUGUUGCCUUCGCUGGAAAUAGUGACAUGUCUCUCCAAUCUGUGUUUGAAGGAUGCACUAGGUUGCAAAAGCUUGAGGUCAGAGAUAGUCCUUUUAGUGAUAAGGGAUUGCUCUCUGGCCUGAGCUAUUUUUACAACAUGAGGUUCUUAUGGAUGAAUUCAUGCAGGCUAACCAUGAGGGGUUGUAGAGAUGUAGCUCAGCAAAUGCCUGACUUGGUGGUUGAAGUGAUGAAGGAUCAUCUUGAUGAUGAAGGGGAGAUGGAGACUGUUGAUAAACUGUACUUGUAUCGAUCACUGGCAGGAGCAAGGAAUGAUGCACCUUCAUUUGUCAACAUCUUGUAGUACUGCUACAGGAAGAAGUUUGUUGUACUCACAAAACAAGUUUGUUCUAUUAAACCUUAUCAUUGCUAUUGUAUUCCUGAACCCUGAUCAGUCUAUCAGAAUCAGACACAGAAGCUUCCCGCAGAUGAUUUUCAAAUGUCGUGGGGAACUUCGAUUAUGCGGAUCUCCAAAUUGUUCUUUUCUUUGCUGACAAUGAGGCAUAUGAGGCUCUUCUUGAUGUAUGUAUUGUUGCUGAGGAGAAGUUCGUCGAGUGAGCUACCUGAUGCCUGAUGGGGAUCCUUCUUUUCCUUGCUGUGACUCGACUGAUGCCUACCAUUUUACUGUUAGAUGAAGAGUAGGAACUGAUUCCAAUCAGCAGGGUUAGAUUAGCCAUCUUUUGAUCUGCUCAGACGAAGGAAUGGCAAUGCUCCAAUAUUCCAUCAUCCGUUGCCUUAUGUUUUAGAUCUCAAAACUCAACUAUGAUAAUUGUUUCCUUUUUCAUUUUUUUGGGGUUCUCUCUUGAGUUAUUUUUGUAGUCCAUUUUACCCCCCUUUUACUUGGUCACGUCGCUGUUAUGAAUCAAGAAGCUAUUGGAGGAAUUGAAAUUUAAUGCAUUAAUUUGUUGCCUGUCUCUA